GGAAGGUAAGAUUCAUUGGGUCUUUUACCUGUUUUGACAACAGUAACCUAGCACCAAAGAGCUUUUAUCUUUCCUCCUUAUCUACCCCACCUUUCCUCCCUGUCUCAUCAUCCUGGGGAAAGCUGCCCCACCUCAGCAUCUCCAAAGCACCCUCAAUAUUACCAAAAAGGGCCUUCCCCCAGCUUCUCUGAACGUGGCUGGCCUCAGCCAAGACCCCUCCUCAGCCAGAAGGGCCUGCUCUAGGAACCCAUUACCAUCAGUUUCUCUGAUAAGACAGUCAGGUCAGGCCAGGAAGUGGGCAGGAGAAGAUGAAGGCAAGCUGGUGCUCGCCUGCCCUCUGCUCCCACCCCACCCAGAACUCCCCUAUCAGAAUCUGUGUGUGCUAGUGUGAAUUUGCUUGUGAUUGGAUGACUGUGAAAACACAACUGGGUGGGAUUGGGACUUUGAGUGUAACUGGGGCUAUAUAAUUUUGUCUAUGGUUGUCUGAUCACGAGUAUGACUUUGUGAGGUUGACCGAAUGAUUGAGGAGUGACUUCGAAUGUGUGGCUAUGCAUAUUUGUGUGUGAAUGUCUAUCGUCAGAGGUUGCUGUGGAUGCUUGACUGCCCUCACUCACUAUUCCAUCAGUCCCUACAUCACACACUAAUCCUUCCCUCAGCUUCACUGCCCAGAGCUUAGGAGCACAUGGAAAAUGGCUGUCCUAGAUGAGGAAGGAAUCUGUGGCAACAGACCAAGAAUUAGGGCCCAGGAAUGUCACAGGAUACACAAUACAUCUCCAACCACCUCUGACUCACCUAGUGCCCCAGGUAAAAGGCACCCAGAUAAAAGGUAGGGGAGGAGGAGAGAGAGAGAAGGAAGAGUCUAGGCUGAGCAAACAUGAAGGGGCCCUCAACCUUCUGCAGUCUCCUGCUGCUGUCAUUGCUCCUGAGCCCAGACCCUACAGCAGCAUUCCUACUGCCACCCAGCACUGCCUGCUGUACUCAGCUCUACCGAAAGCCACUCUCAGGCAAGCUACUGAGGAAGGUCAUCCGGGUGGAACUGCAGGAGGCUGAUGGGGACUGUCAUCUCCAGGCUUUCGUGCUUCACCUGGCUCAACGCAGCAUCUGCAUCCACCCCCAGAACCCCAGCCUGUCACAGUGGUUUGAGCACCAAGAGAGAAAGCUCCACGGAACUCUGCCCAACCUGAAUUUUGGGAUGCUAAGGAAAAUAGGCUGAAGCCCCCAAUAGCCAAAUAAUAAAGCAGCAUUGGACAAUAAUCUCUAA